GCUUUCUCAGAACAAACUCCGAGAGGCUGUCAAGACAUAUUUACUCGAUGGAUGGAUGAUGAUUGUUACUGUCCAGUAGGCCUCUUUUGGACUUCAGAGGUUCUGAAUGUGGAGGUUCUGACCCGCGAGUUCACAAGGCUCUGGUCUGGUAAAGCACAUCAGACACAGCAGCAUUCUUGGUGCACAGUCAAAGGGCAGAACGAAUGGGGCGUCCUGUACCCUGCCUAUUGUUGGGCAGCUGGCCUGGGAUUUGGAGGCAUUGUGCUUUGGAGUGCAAUCCGCUUGCAGCAUGGGUACAGGGCGCGUGGGCAUGACCAGCCUCUGCAGGUUGCCAUUCAUGCACUUUGCCUUGCAGCUGCUGUUGUCCGUGUCGUCUACGUGGCUUCCGAGGCAAUCUUGGUUGACACAGCGCCUGGUGCAAGCAGCGUGGAAAAACUGGCUGGAGUGUUGUACACCGCCUUUUUCUCCCUAUCAGCAGCUGCUUUUCUUUGCACUUGUCAGCACUGGCUGCGCCUCUUUGACUCCAUGGACUUGUCGCAAGAUGGAGAAGCUCUCGUGGAGAGCCCUUGGUACCGAAAUCCGCUGCUAUUGGUUUGCCUUCUUUUCCUCUCUCUGGAAGGAUUACAUGAUACUUUGUAUAUGCAAGGCGGUCACCCUGCUUUGAAUGGGAUGUACUUCUUUUGGCUCUCUCUAAUCAGCGUCCUUGCUGCGCUGCUUGGAGUGCGCAUUGCGUGGCGUUUGUACACCCGACUACGCCUGUGGCUAUCUGCUGACGAAAGAAACAUGGUUUUCAGAAGAACGAUUAUGUCCUCAGCUCUGGUCUCAGUAUGCUCUGUUUGUAUGCUGAUCCUCAGCGUGCUACAAGCACUAGUGGGUCGGUUCUAUCCAUGGCCUUGUCUUGUGUGCUGGAUCUUGGGUCGCUCCCUUGAGUUUGUGUACCUUGCGGUGGUGCUGAGAGCAGUCGGUCCAGCCCACACCGCACAUCCUAGCGUGACCAGUAGCAACUCCUUGCAUGGACUUCAAGAAGCCAGCUUUGCCGAAAGCGUGAGCAGCUGUGGCAGUCCAGGAAGAGAGGUGCAACACGGGGGACGGCAAUCUUUGUGGAUCACGACGCGCGGUCUUUCUGGAGGUCAGCGGUCUGCAGACUGA